AAGAGAUUCUGCACAAAAAGUUAUAUACUUGUUUUUAAUUUUUGUGUUCCACUUGUAAUUUUUAAGUUCAAAACGGAAGACAUGAGGAGACGACUUGAACCAGAAGGAAAGCGGCCACCAGAAGUUGGGGAGCAAGGAUUUGCCGAAGACCAAGAAAUCUUGGAAGAAGAGACUCCAUUGCAAGAAAGGCUUCCACCAGCUGAAGAUGCCCCUGAAGCGAUAGUAUAUGAUAUACCUAUAGCUGUUGAACAUCCUCCUGACCGGCCUAUACCUGUUCAACAUUUUCCUGACCGGCGUGUACCUCUCCAUCCGGCUGAAAUACGACUAGCCAAUAUUCACCCGGAAGAACGGUUUCACGAAGGAAGACCUUACCGUGAGGGAGAUGGAACAAUUAGACGAAAUACUGAAGAAUGGAGAAAUGCAUUCGUAUUGGGGAUUGGAACCGGUGUGGUGUUAACUUUGUUUCUCAUAUGGAUGGCCAUGAUUCAGACAAGGCCUAGACGACGACGAUUUUAGCUCUUUCUGUCUGAAUUGCCUUCAUUUGUGACACUUCCAAUAGUCUUAAUUUCUUUUAAUUUUAAAGGAUAUUUAAUAAAGCGUUUCUAAUUUUA